CUGGACAAUUAGGUCAUCACAAUUAUCGUUUUCACAUGCCAUCAGAAUGUAUAUUUCUUUGUUCGCAAUGUGGUCACACGUUUGAAGAAUCCGACGAAUUUAAAAAGCAUAUGCUAGACGAACAUAAUAAAAAUGUGCUGCAGUAAUUUCGAUGACACGGAAUAUAGAAAUGAGGCUACAGAAGAUAGUAUGGAUUAUAUAAACAAGAACCCCGUAAAAUCCCAUACAAAUGAAAACUGCCCUCCAAAUGUUAACCUGUUCUGAAUGCAAUAAAUUAUUUACUACCGUGCAUAAAUUAAAUCGCCAUAAACGUUUCACCCAUGUUCCUGAAGAAAAGAAACUACCUUGCCAUCUAUGUGAUUUGAAAUUUUCACGAACCUAUCACCUAAAAAGGCACUUAAAAACUGUACACACUCCUAGUAAAAAAGUUGAAAUAGCUAAAAAAGAUAAACCCAAAAUAGUGAAUGACAUCAAUACAGCUGUGCCCUGUAAUGAAUGCGGGAAAAUAUUUCAUAAUUUACGGAAAUUGACACGACACCAGCGUCAUGCUCAUGUGCCGGACGAAAAGAAGUUCGUUUGUCAUAUGUGUGGACAAAAAUUUGGACGAUCUGAUCAUUUUCGUAGACAUAUGCGUAAUUUACAUCAAACGGAUGUAAGUGUUUUAGAGCCAAAGCGUCAAAUACGCCUGAAGGAUAAUCGCUUCGCAUGCGAUAAAUGUGAUCGCAGCUAUACGAGACGUUGUCGUUUGUAUAAACAUGAAAGGGAAAUGCACCAUGACGAGUGAAAAGUUAUAGUAUUAUAAAAUAGAAUUAUUGUAAAAAUUUAUUUAUUUAAAAAUGUAUUAUUUAUUUUUUAAGUAAAAAAGGAAAAUGUAUGUUUGCAAUAUUAUUCGAAUU